AUGAGCUCUGCAAUCAAUUUUCUUUAUGAACCUUUCUCCAGUAGCGGCGGAACACAGUCUCACGACCAAGGUUUAAAAUGUGCUAAAUGCGUGAAGAAAGAGCCGUUUGAAAGAAGAACCAUCAUAAUUAUAGACGCUAUUUGCGCCCCCCAUGAACUGGACCACUUAGCUGCCACGCUAUGUAAUGCACCCAUUCUAAAUGACGACGACUUUAUAUCGGUGGUUGCCGUCAACCGGUCAGGCCAUGUUGUUUUACACAAUGUUGCCGGCUCCAAGCAUAGUACAGUGUUUUCAAUUAAUGAGCUUAUGACCCAAUAUAAUCUUACUAAAUUGAAUACCAGUUAUUUCGAGAAAAGGAUACGAGAGAAUGACCAAACUCCAUAUUGGUUUGAUAAAUCCGCCCAAAAUUCUUUGAAAGAGCUAUUGCGGGAAAUCUGCGAAACUGCGAGCAAAGGCCAAGGCAAUUCCAAAAGGGACAAGCGUUGUACCGGGUUAGCGUUAUUGGUGUCCUCCGUGCUGGCUUCUCAAUGCAUUUCGUCAAGUUGUUGUAAUAUAGUUUCAUUCCUCAACGGUCCAUGUACAAAGGGUGGCGGCAAAGUCAUGUCAAGGGAACGCAGCGAACAUAUGAGGCAAAACCACCACUUUGAUUCGGAAAAUCCAAAAUUGCAACUGUCAAAAAAUUCAAGAAAGUUUUAUAGGAAGUUUGCGGAGAAGUUUGGAAGGGAAAAUCUGAUUUAUGAAUUUUUCAUUAGCUCGUUGGAUCAGAUCGGCGUACUGGAAAUGGCGCCAUUAAUAAGCUCAUCAAUUGCUGUUUCUCAAUUUGAUUCAUUCAAUGAUGAUAGGUUCGACAAAUCUUUCCAGAAAUAUUUGAGCUUGCGUAACCAAAACGCUAUUUAUAACUGUCAGUCGAAAUUAAUAACUACAAGGAACACUUCUAUCAUAAACGGGGUUCCUACUAACAUUUUGAACCCUAAGCAUAUAUCUCUCCCCGUGAAAAUCCCACUACAUCGUAGCUCCACAAGUAAUACCGUAAAGUUUCAAACCACAUUUGAAAAUCAACGACAAAAAUAUACAAGAACUGAAACUGCUUUGCUACCGAAUCCUGAUGAUCCCUUUCGGAUUCAAAAUGAGAUUGUACUAUCAAUGAAAAAAAUGGCUUCAGAAAUUGUUGGUGACUUCGACUACUCAUCCCAUCGUGCCAAGAAAUUACUCAAGCAAUUGAUCCUACUACCAAACCAAAUCCGGGAAACAGACAUAGACAGAGUGAAACUUAUAGAAUGGUGUUAUUAUUUAUAUAAGUCACCCCUACUAUCGACCAGGAAUACUUCUUUGGAUGAAAGAUAUCUCUUCCUUCAUCAAAUACUUAAUUCUAAUCGAAACACUUGUCUGUCACUUUGUAAACCAUAUAUUUGGGGAUAUGACGAUUCAAAACAAGACUGGGUCGUAUUGGAUAUUCCAUUAACAAGAGCUCAGAUACUUCAAGAAACUAAAUACACUUUAUGUGUCGAUGGCGGAUCAUAUCUAGUUUUAAGGAUGGGUGAGCUUUUGCAGAAGGAGGGUCGGGAGUUUUGUUGCAGGCUUUUGAAUGAUUUACAGAGGUUUCCGCAACCCCUAUACGUCGAGACUAAAAUAGGUGGUAGUCAGGACCGCUUCCUGAAGAGUAAAAUCAUUCCUUUGGAUAACACCGACAAAAAAACUCUUGAUACAGAGGAUAUGUCAUUCCAAGAAUUUUCCAAUUUAUGUACCAGCCCAAAUAGAAACAAAUAA